GUUCGGAUAAAGAAACACCAGUAUACACAUACUGUUUUAGGUCCAGUACUUACACGUGUGUGAGUUAUAAACGAUAAAAGUCUCACACAGUGGUACCGCGCUCAGGUCAACCGAUUACCAUGAACUGCGACAAACUGGUGGACGAACUCUUGAAGAAGAACCCCACCAUAUGGGUGUUCGGCUACGGGUCGCUGUUGUGGAAACCCAACUUCGAGCACAAGUCGAGAAGGGUGGAUCACAUCCGAGGGUUUGUUCGAAGAUUUUGGCAGGGAAACACAACUUACAGAGGAACACCGAAUGAGCCUGGACGCGUGGCAAACCUUGUGGAGUCAGAAGGGGGCAUUGUGUGGGGAGUCGCCUUUCAAGUAACUGGGAAGGAACAAGUAACCAGAGCUCUAGACCACCUCACUAACCGGGAAUGCACGAAUGGCGGCUACACGAGCCUCGUGACGACAUUCUACCCCCGGGACAAGAACAAUUGUGUUCCCGUCCUGGUGUUCACGGCCACUGAAGACAACCCGUGUUACCUUGGAGACGCCGAUCUGCCUCAGAUGUCCAAGCAGAUCGUCACCGCCAAAGGGCACGCCGGCAGCAACGUGGAGUACGUCACUAAAAUUGCCGAUUACGUCCGAAAGCACAUUCCGGAAGACAACGACGAGCAUCUGUUUGACCUUGAUAAAAGAGUCCGUGAGGAUCUGAAGACCUUGAACGCUUGUGUUGUCACCUACUGGUGAUUCACGCCGGAAAUCGGCACGGAUGGUUUUUGGACAGAAAUUUUAGGAAUAUGGCCAUCCCAUUCAAUUAAAUCUUCAACUUAUAGUAGAUUUGCGAUGCAUAUCAGUUAAUUUUUUCAUUGCUGAAGACUACUGGCGCACUAGCGACCAUGUCAUCAUGAUCUAGACUAUGUGAUGGAGCUGUUUGACUCAAAUUUACACAUUUGUCGAGAGUUGUAAUAAAAGCUAAUUAUGUCACUCUU